AGCAAUGAGGCGAUAAACAAGAACACCCAGUCUUCCAUGAGAUCAGUGGGCAUGUCCUCCCAGAACCAGAGCGCCAUGUCCUCCACCAUGAGAGAAAUGCUCAAUAGGAGCCAGGAACAAGCCCAGCUAGAACAAGGGCUGUCCUUGGAUGUCGUCCACAUCACAGAAAGAAUCAUUUCUAUGACCUUCCCGUCGGAAGGUCACGACACAACCUACUCGUUCGACCUGAAGGAAGUGGUGCGCAUGCUCAAGACAAAGCAUGGUGAUCACAUCUUGAUACUGAAUUUGUCGGAAAAGCGUCAGGACUUGACCAAAGCUGCUCCCCAGGUCAAAGACUAUGGCUGGCCAGACCACCUUGCACCACCCCUGGAGCGCCUGUGCUCCCUGUGCAAGGCCAUCGACUCUUGGCUCAACGCCGACGUGCGGAAUGUGGUGGUGCUGCACUGCAAGGGAGGCCGAAGCCGCAUCGCCAGCGUUAUCGCUGCCUACAUGCACUACAGCAACAUCUGUGCCAGUGCUGACCAGGCUCUGGACCGGUUCGCCAUGAAACGUUUCUAUGACGACAAGCUGGGAGGACUUCCGCUUCCUUCUCAGAGGAG